AUGGACAAACAAAGCAAGCGAACCGAGCAAAAUGCGGGAAAUAGGAGGGCGAAGGUGAGCACUUCGUUCCAAUCUGGACAACGAAUGCUUAUUCAGGGAAAUAUUGCGUCCAAAGGUCUUCUUAUGGAGGUCUUUAGGCCACAGACGAGCCAUACCGAAGGCCUUGAAUGGCUGUUUUCUAUGGUUGACGGCACUCGUCUUAUCCGGUGUCGGAAUCCAGCUAUCUCACCAACAGCUGUCAUGGACCAGAAAUGCACCGCUAGAAAGGAACUUAGGCGAACUAAGAUCUUGGCCAGAGUUCUGGCGAAUGGACGGCCAGAGCUCAACAACAUUAUUCUUUUCUACGUCAUUUCGAUCUAG